AAGUAACAUUGUUGAAACGGAAGUACGUCUGCGCUUGGUUUAACAACAAAAAUGGAAGCUUAAGUCCGUGCUAUCGACAUCUAAAUAGUCUAUUUAAAACAAAUUUAGCACAUUAUAAUAUUAUCGGAUCGAUCUUAACAACAUGGGAGGUGGUGAUCUUAACUUGAAAAAGAGUUGGCACCCGCAAACUCUGAAAAACAUCGAGCGAGUAUGGAAAGCUGAGCAGAAAUUUGAAGCGGAAAGGAAGAAGAUCGAGGAGCUUCAGAAAGAGUUAAAAAACGAGCGAGCACGAGAAGAGAUUACGCGAUAUGCCCAGGAAACAGGCGCUGUAAAGAAGAAAGAUGACCGUUUGGACUGGAUGUACCAAGGUCCAGCGGGACACGUCUCUCGUGAUGAGUACCUUCUCGGUCGUCCCAUUGACAAGCAGAUCACUGAGCAGUAUGAGGAACCGGAAAGCGGUCCAUCAGCAGAGACAGGCCUUCUCCCUGGCUCCAUAUUUAACCCCACGAGUUCUGUCUCUACUAAUGAUAUGGCUGCCAAGAUCAGAGAGGACCCACUUUUUGAGAUCCGAAAACGAGAGGAGGAGAAAAAGAGAGGGGUUCUAACCAAUCCUGUUAAAAUGAAAGAAAUCCAAAAGAUGUUGCGUCAAAAUCUUGAGAAGGAGAAGAAGAAGAAACGGAAGAAGGACAAGAAGGAGAAAAAAGAAGAAAAAGAGAGAAGAAAGGAGAAGAGGCACAGAAGGAAAAGUUCAAGCUCUGACGAUGAUGAUAGGAAGCAUAGGUCAAAAGAGGAGCGAUCAGAUCUCAAAGCCUCUAAUGGACAUCACAAAUCAGGCUACGGACUCCAAUUACCAGCUAACAGAUCCCAUCACUCUUCAAACCACUCAGAGCAUCGUUCAAGAGACAGGAGUCGGUCCCCGCUGCCCCAUAAAGCAGAUAAGGACAAUCACUCAAAACCAAGACCUAAAACCAAGGACCCCAGCCCACCGAGACGUUAUAAGAGACCACAGUCUACUAACUACAGCAAGCGCCUAUCAGCUGAAGAGUUGGAGAAGAAGAGAAGAGAAAUGAUGGAUUUUGCCCGCGAAAGAGAUUUGGAGAGAGAAAAUAACAUAAAGAGAUACAAGCGACAAGAAGAACAGGAGAAAGACAAAGACAGCUUGAAAAAUGGCAAUCAUGCUGCCUUCAUACAUGACAUGAAGCUAGAAAGUGCUGCCACCUCCUCUCUGGAAGACCGUGUGAAGAGAAACAUUCACUCUAUUCAGAGGACUCCUGCAGCUCUGGAGAAGAACUUCAUGAGAAGAUAAGAUGAAGGCCACAGAAAAAAACAUAAAAUGCAUUUAAGGAUUGUGAUUGUUUUAAAAUUAUAGAGGGUUUUCAGAUUUGUAUAUUUUAAUUAGGUCAGAACACCUUGUAAAUAUUCUCAAAGUUGAUACUGUCCAAAUGGUUGAGGGUUUUGCUCCAACCACGUUCCAUUUACCAAUACUGAUAUGUAUAUAAUAAAAAAAUGUCUGGUAUACAAUUUUUUUCAUAUUUUGUACAGUCUUUUCGAUGAGCAAUUUGAAAUAUUGGUAUUAGUGCAUGUCCUUUUCGUUUUAUCUUUCGUAUGUAUUGACAUUCAUUUAGCUUUGUCUCUAAAAUAAAAACAAAAGACUGAAAAGUG